UUGCCGGCAGUUGCUAACACACAGCGUACGGUUCCCUCUUCUGUCCAAGGCGGUUCAGUUGACGCUCUGCUCUCCGUGUAGGCUGUAGGCUGCAAGCCAGCGCGCGACAGCAACCGACCGCCCACGCUCCAGUACGCGCGCGCGCGUCGUCCAUGGCGGUGAGCUUCCACCCGGCAUUUCCAUUGGCAACCGCGCCGCCGCUGCCCCACCACCUCGACGCCGCCGCCGACCCGGAGGUCGCCGACGCGCUCCUCGGCUUCCUCUGCGACCCGAUCGACCCCGCCAUGGACGCCGGCAUCGACGGCUUCCUCGACCUCAGCCCCGUCGACCCCGACGAUGGCGCCGACGUCGACGACCUGCAGCCGUGCGCCAAGAGGCCGCGAGCCGGCUGCGGCGGCGGCGACGACGGCCACGCGUGGCUCGACUUCGAGGGCGUCGAUGGCCAGCCAUGGAGGCCGGAGUUCGCGACCGAGUUCGUCCUGCCACUGCCCCCGCCCCCGCCGCAGACGCCUCACGCGGGGUUCGUGCGCGGAGCGGACGCGAGGAGAACCGAGGGCAACGGGCGCGUGGGCCAGACCGCGCCAAGCGCGGCGGCGAGGGAGCGCCGGAGGCGGAUCAGCGAGAAGACGGCGGAGCUGUCGCGCCUGGUCCCCGGCGGCCACAGGCUGAACACCGCCGAGAUGCUGCAGGAGGCCGGCCGCCACGUGAAGCUCCUCCAGGCCCAGGUCGGCGUGCUCGCGCUCAUGCGCACCCUCGAGCAGGAGAAGAUCGUACCGCCCGUGGCGAGAGAGCGAAUGCACGCGCUGCUGACCUGCGGCGGCGUGCAAGAGCGGCUGGCGGCGGAGGGCAAGUGUCUGGUGCCGAGGAACCUGGUGGAGGCCAUGGCCGAGGACAAGGCCGUCAGGUCCAACGCACCGCUGAUCAGAGACCUCACCCGGUUCAACGAGUCGCUGCCGGAGCAAUAGCUGCCGGACGCGGAGUCUCCGACCACGGCAGCAACGCGCGCGCUGCGCAUCCGUGACCGUGUGCGUCUCGACCAUGCACGCACGGUGGGUCGUUGUCGGUUUUUGAAGACAACAAUCGUCGUGCAUGCGCCGCCGCUGCUAUCCCUGUGUUUUUUUGGUUCUGAUAAGAUGCAUCCAUGUGUGUGCAUAGCUAAUCGAUAGGUUAAUUAGGUGUAGGCAUCACGGUUAAUUUAGAUCUGUUUGAUUCAAGCUAAAUGUAGUAACACCGCAUGACACCGUCUGAACACCGCUCGAUUUUGUAAGGGCAUGUAUGGGACGAUGGA